AUGAAGCUCUCCACCUUCCUCAUCACGGUCUUCGCCGCCGCCGCAGUAGCCGAGCCCUGCACUUCCAAAGCCCCAGUGUCGACGCCUACUGAGCGAGUUGAGAUGUGUACCAAGAUCUGUGCUUUCCGUCCGAUUCAGGACUGCGGGCGUGGAGGGUACACCAAGCAGCAGGGCAAAUGUUGGUCGUGCUGUAAAAAGUAG